AUGGGAGCCAAAUCAAAGUGAGUAAUAAUCAAGGGCAACUUUUUUUAGAGAGAAAAUUAUAUAAUUUUUCUUUUAGAUAUGUGAUUGUUCAACUCGCCAGUGUAAUCACCGGUUCAACGAGAGUUUGGGUUCGUGAAAGAGCAGCCGAUAAAUUUGCAGGAAUUUUCUUCGAUCCAGCUUGUAGGUUCAUAAUUUUCCAAGAUUAUUUUUGCCUUUAAAUCUAAAAAAUUUGUAAAAUCCGAUUUUCAGACGGGAAAGAUUGUUUAUUCGAAGAAGUGAAACGAAUCAAGGGAAAAACUGAGCUCCCAAAACGAAUCAAAGGAAUGUACAAUGUUCAAAAUUAG